GGAAUACGAGCUUCAUUUUAUCUGUGAUGUGAAUUCUACAAUACCUGAGCAUGGCGCAUGCUACUGCCCGCACAGCUACAAAUACCCAUUUGCUCACAUGAAUGUCUGGGCAAGACGAAGAGGUUCCCAGAACGUUGAUCAAGUUCCAACGCUCUUCUUCAUCCAGUUUAACAAUAGGGAUGAAGACAUGGAAAGUGUGGCAUUUUUGUGCUGUCCUAUAUUUGAUCUAUCAAAAGAUGCUGGUCGCUGCUAUCAUUGUGAGCAAAAAGGGAUCAAGAUCAUUCAUCCAUCUUCAGAACCAUACAUUGGGCGUGACGCAGAAUUUGAAGGUAUGGCUCGUGGAGAAAGUGCAGUGAACAACAAAGAACUUAUUCGAUAUGGGCAGAUCGGUACUUUGCUUGAUUGUACGAUCGAAGACGAAGACUCCAUCUAUUUUGAUCCUGCCUGGGAUGUUGAUUUUACUAUAUUUAUCAAUGAGACUGCUAGGGAUCGAGCGAUGGUGCAGAAAUUGAUGAAGGAUAGUCCAGGGAGCGUGAGCGACUGGAUAGACAAAAUGAUGUAUGAGGAGUCUUUGAAACCUAAGUUAGCAAGGAAAAUCAUAUACGCCUGAUGGCCCUUGAGGAGUCCUUGUCUAAGUUAUUAAGGGAAACCAUACGCCUGAUGGCCCUUUCUAUUGGUACUGUUUUGCUAGAAACUAAGUUAACUGCGAUGUUUGUAGAACUUAAUUAUAUUUGGAGAAUUAUUUAGUGUGGUAUGUGGAAUGGUGGUUAUUUGAGUUUUAGUUUUACCUAGCACAUAAUGCAUGUGCGUUGCCAUGAGCAAUUAACA